CACGGAAAGCGGGAUGGAUGCGUGUCGGAUUCACUGGUCGGAUUCGACUUGAGCGGGCGUGAGAGAGGAUUCUUGGGCGCGAUCAGGUUCCAAAGUAGCGAGACAAAACAUAGACAACGACGAGAUGCACUUAUCUCACACUGUUUGCGGAACCACAACGUUUAGCACAAUUAUCUCAGGGCUCUGCCGGUCUAUCCUGACGCUGCUCCGUGAAUGAAUGUACGGAAUCAGCGGACAGAAGCUUAUUUGAACCACAUGUGGCAUUCGAUGAAGGAACCGCAUUAACCGAAGCUAUCUAGUAUACUGUCGUAAGCACCACCGCGUAGGUGUAUUCAAGGUCACUGCUCUUCACAACCACCAGCCCGGCCACAACUCUUCUCCGAAUCGCCGGCUACCAGUAAAAACCACAGAACCAUGAAGAAGGUGGAGAUCACAGACAUUUUCGGCAAGUAUGGCGCCUUCCAGCGAGUGGUGUUUAUCUUUGCGGUGACUAUCAGCAUGUUUGGUGCGUACCACAAUCUCAUCAUCACCAUUGUGGCCCCGAAUGUGGACCAUUGGUGCGCACGGACCGAGGGCUACGAAAACCUCACCGUUACGGAGUGGCGGGAAAUGCACAUCCCCGAGGAAAUGGUGGACGGUGUCAGAACGCACAGCCACUGCAACUACUACGUGAACGGCACCAACGGCACCUUGGAGGUUGCACAGUGCAGCAGAUGGGAAUACGACACGAGCUUCUACCGGCGCACUAUUGUGCAGGAGUGGGACUUGGUGUGCCCUGACAAAUGGCUCGUGUCGCUGAGCCAGUCGGUGUACAUGGCCGGUUACAUGACGUCCAUGAUCAUUUUCGGCCAGCUGUCGGACAGGGUGGGCCGCAGGACAGUCAUAUGCAUCGCCCUCUGCGUGCUCUUGGUGUCCGGCUUCUCGACUCUCGUCGCGACCAGCUUCAUAGCGUUCGUCUCCCUGCGCUUCUUCGUCUCCCUCGGAGUCUCGGGAGUGGGCUCGACGUCGUUCGUUCUGCUGAUGGAAGUGAUUGGACCCAGCCUGCGUUCCCUGUUUGGCCUCGCAUACGAGUUUGGUUGGGCUACCGGUUACCUGGUGCUGGCUAUGGUGGCCUACUUCAUCCGAGACUGGUUCUACAUCCAGCUGGUGGCCAUGGUUGGGGCACUUGUGCUGCUUAUUGGCUUCUGGGUUCUUCCAGAGUCUCCUCGCUGGCUUAUGGCAAACAAACAAUUUGAUAAAGCGUGGAAGGUAAUUGACCACGCUGUUGAGCGCAACGAAGCAGAUAGAGAGGAGGCCGAGCGGAAGUUUGCACUGCUGAAGGUCGAGUGCGAGAAGGAUCAACCCAAGCACAUUUUUGGCAAAGCCAACUUGCUCGAUCUUCUCAGCUGGCCGAGGUUGCGGCGGCGUACCUUAAUACUCUUUGCAUGCUGGUUUGUCAACUCUUUCACCUAUUAUGCCAUGUCCCUCAACACCAACGACCUGGGGGGCAAUCCAUUCCUAAACUUCGCCAUCGCUGGUGCCGUCGAGUUCCCGGCGUACGCCAUCUCUAUCGUCAUAAUCAACAAAUUGGGGCGCCGUCCCUCCCAGAGCGGGUGCAUGGUCCUGGCAGGCAUAGCCUGCGCCCUGACCAUUCCCUUUUCGGGAGAUAAAUUGUGGCUCAAGAUCACUUUCGCCAUGAUCGGAAAGUUCCUCAUCACUGCAUCCUAUGGCAUCCUGUAUGUAUACUCGGCCGAGAUCUACCCUACUGUUGUGCGUCAGAUAGGGAUGGGCUCCAGUUCGACCAUCGCCCGUUUUGGAGCCAUCAUCGCCCCGUUCGUCAAGGAACUGGGCGGAGCGACGGACAAACGAGUCCCGUUUGCCGUGUACAGCGCCAUCUGCAUCUUGAGUGGCCUCUCUGUGCUACUCCUUCCAGAGACUACGGGAGUCCAGCUGCCGGACACGAUCGUUGAGGGUGAAGCAUUCCAAGUGGGUGACAACAAGAUGCAGCAGCAGCAGCAGACGACGAAUGUCACCCACGUCUGACCCUUUUCUGCUUGCGUGAUCUCUUCUGGGCUUCGUUAUCUGUGCCAAGGAUCAAAGGGGAGCGGCAAGAGUAUACUCACUUCGUUGACUGAUCAACUCAGUAGGAUUUGUUUUUUAGCAAGGAUACUUAUAAAUAUACACUAAUUUGUUUUAA